ACGAGUAGUGGAGGUAAAAUAAACUGUUCGCGUUGCCAUCAAAACUCAUAGACACAACGCGGAGGUACGUCCUACUAUUAACAUCUCAUAUUGAUAUCAACCGGCGUUCGUUAACCUCUUAAUGUUUUAUUAUAGCUUAUUAAGAAUAGUGCGGUAAAAGUUUUAAAUUCGUGCAAAUAGUGUAUUUGUAUACGUGUAUGUUUUUCUAUUUGGUUUGAAUCGAUUUUUUUUAAUUCGGUUGUAUGGCUUUUGGAAGAAAAAACGAAGAAUCUAUUGGAUUAUUAAAAGGAUCUUCCAUCAAACAAGAUGAGAAAACUAAAUCUCACACAAAAUACGGAACUGUACGAAAAAAUGAAGUCAAAAAAUCUUCCAUUGGUAGUCUGUUUCGAUAUGCAAGCAAAGGUGAUGUGGCACUUAUGUGCAUUGGUAUUAUAUGCUCUGCUCUACAUGGAUCAAGUUUUCCAGUGUUGGCAUUGGUAUUUGGUCAAAUGACCAAUACUUUCAUCAAACAAGCAUCAGUUUCUUCAAGCGGGUCAUCAACUUUAGUGUCUUCUACUUAUAAUAUUCCCGAAUUAUUAACUCAGAAUGACUCACAGGUUAAUAUUCCACUAACAACUGUUGGGGACGCAUCAGACCUCGUUCAUAGUAAUCCAUUUAAUUCGCCAUCUAGUUAUGUAGACAUUCUAAGCUCAACUAAUGCAAUAACUCAAUCACCUUUAAACGGUGAAAGUUCUACUCUUGGAGCAUUUUUUAUGUCAGAAAUGGAAAGACUUAGCACAGUUAAAUCUAUUACAGGAUUAAAUUUUGAACAUACAACAAUGAGUCUUAAUAAAACAAGUGGAUCUUCCAGCGAUAGUGCAUUAAGCCCUGAAGAAUUUUAUGAUUACAUGACAACAUUUUCAUUAUAUUACUUAUACAUUGGAUUAGGAGUAUUAGUUGCUGCAUUCAUUCAAACUUUGUGUUGGGAAAUUGCUUGUGAAAGACAAGUUCACCGGUUGCGAAAAAUCUUCUAUCGCCAAAUACUUAGACAAGAAAUUAGUUGGUAUGACUUAAGUGAUGAUGGAGAUUUAACAACAAAACUAUCAGAUGACUUGGAAAGAGUUCGUGAGGGAAUCGGUAGUAAAUUUAGUAUGGUUACACAAUACUCGAGUACUUUUUUUACUGGUCUUAUAAUUGGAUUUUGUGUCAAUUGGAGAUUGACUUUAAUUAUAAUUUGUGUUGCACCAUUUUUAAUUGCUGUUUCUGGAGCCCUCGCUAUAAUUUCAUCAGGUACAGCAGCUAGAGAACAAGCUAAAUAUGCUUUAGCCGGAGCCAUAGCUGAAGAAGUUUUAUCAAAUAUUCGGACAAUAGCAGCAUUUGGAGGAGAACUUAGGGAAUCUAAAAGAUAUGAGCUAGCUAUUGAAGAAGGUCGAAAAUUAGCCAUGAAAAAAUACUUUAUAUUUGCAAUAUUAUUGGGUUCUGUAUUUGUAAUAAUGUAUACAGCAUAUGGCAUAGCAUUCUGGUAUGGUUCAAACUUAAUUGUUGAAGGAAUUUCAACACCUGGAAGCAUAUUUACAGUUUUCUUCAGUGUAAUGGCUGGAGCAUUUUCUGUGGGCAAUGCUUUGCCAUUUAUAAACUCAGUAAGCAUAGCUAUUGGUGCUGCAUCAACUAUAUUCAAUAUAAUCGAUAGCAAACCUAAUAUCGAUCCUUAUUCGUCUAAAGGUAAAAAGAUUAAUAAAAUUCAAGGAAAAGUUGAAUUUAAAGAUGUAAGCUUUACUUAUCCAACAAGAAAUACUGUAUCUGUUUUGAAUAAAUUAUCAUUAACAAUAGAACCUGGCCAAACUAUUGCAUUGGUUGGUUCGAGUGGAGGUGGUAAAAGUACAGUUGGAAGUUUGUUAUUACGUUUUUAUGAUCCCACAGAAGGCCAAGUUUUACUAGAUGACAUCGAUUUAAAAUCGUUAAAUCUACAUUGGCUUCGUACAAAUAUUGGAAUUGUAUCUCAAGAACCAGUUUUAUUUGGUGUUUCCAUUGCUGAUAACAUUCGUUAUGGCCAAUCAGAUUGUACUAGACAAGAUAUUAUAGCUGCUGCAAUGACAGCGAAUGCACAUAGUUUUAUCAUUAAAUUACCUAAGGGAUAUGAUACAUUAGUAGGUGACAAGGGUUCACAACUUUCUGGUGGUCAAAAACAAAGAAUUGCCAUUGCAAGAGCUUUGGUCAAAGAUCCAAAAUUAUUGUUGUUGGAUGAAGCUACUUCAGCAUUAGAUGCACAAAGUGAAGGGAUUGUACAAGAAGCUUUAGAGAAAGCACAAAAAGAUAGAAGCACUAUUAUAAUUGCUCAUAGAUUAUCCACAAUAAGAAAUGUUGAUGUUAUUUAUGUUUUACAAAAUGGAAGUGUCGUGGAAUCUGGAACUCAUGAUAUUUUGAUGGAGAAAAAUGGUAUAUAUUCAAAUUUAGUAAAUGCACAAAUGAAACAAGAAUAUGAUCAAGAAAAUAAAGAAGACUGUGAUUUAGAAUCUGAUGACGAAUUGGAAAAUUUUGAAUUAGAUGGUAAAAAUAUAAAUAUAAAAUCUACUACGCCGUCACCAGCAAGACAAAAUAAAAAACGACAAAUCAGUUUAAAAAGUCCAGAACUUGAACCUCAUUAUGAAGAUGAUAAUGUUGAAACUGACGAAAAUACUGAAGUCCAAACUGAAACUGACAAAGAAACAGAAACAAAACCAAAAAAUAUAUCAGUUAUAGAAAAAUGUAUUGAACCCGAAAAGUUAUUCUCAGAUAGUUUUAUCACUGAAGAUACUGAUGGCCGUAAAGUGAAUGUUACUAGAAAAAUAUCUUCACGUAAAAUGAAACGAAUUACCUACUCAGAUCUAGAUAGUACAGAUAGUGAGCUAGAUAAAUCAUCUGGUUAUCUUCCAAGCAGAGGAAGUAUUUUAAUAAGACAAAUUAGUCAACCUGACGAUUAUUCUCAAUGGGAGACGUCCGACCUAGAUAACCUAAUAGAUUAUAAUCAACCUGCAGAUUUUGCUAUGUCUUCUAGAAAAGGUUAUCAGUAUAUUAAGGGACAAAAAAAUGAAUUUGAUGAGAUUGGAAUGAAAGAAUUACUUAAAUUUAAUAGCAAAGAAUGGCCAUGGUUAGUAAUUGGUUUUACUGGUUGUGCUCUAACUGGUGCUAUUAUGCCAGUGUUUGCUGUUUUUUAUGGCCAAGUGUUUGCUACUUUCACUCUCAAAGGAGAUGCAUUAUUACAAGAAGCAUCUUUUUGGUCUAAAAUGUUUGUUGUAUUGGCUUUGCUAUCAGGAUUAGCAUGGUGGAUGCAAACUAUUGGACUAACUACUGCAAGUGAAAAACUUAUUAUGCGCAUGAGAGUACAAGCAUUUGAAAAUAUAUUGCGACAACCAGUAUAUUGGUUUGAUUUGAAAAGUUCAUCGCCUGGUAAUCUUAUCACUAGAUUAGCUAGAGAUGCUCCACUAGUAAAAUCUGCUGCUGGCUUAAGAGCUGGCCAAGUGAUAUCAGCCCUUGUAACAUUGUCGGCUGCAUUAGUAAUUGCAUUUGCUUUUGGUUGGAAAUUAGCUAUAGUUUUAGUUUUUGGCGUUCCAAUCAUUGCCGGAGCUGCUUAUAAACAGUUGAUGCUUGUACGAAAAAGUCAAAAACGAGAUUCUGAAUGUAUGGAUGAAGCUGGUCGGAUUGCAUCUGAAACUGUUUCAAGUAUAAAAACAGUUCAAGGCUUAGCACAAGAACUUAUGUUUGUGGCUUUGUAUGAAAAUAGUUUAGAAGAGCCAUUUGUAACUGCUAAAAAACAAGCAGUUUCAUAUUCAGUUAUGUAUGCUGUUUCCCAGGCAGUUAUAUAUGGUAUGUAUUCAGUUGCUUUUAGAUAUGGAGCAUAUUUAGUGGAAAUUGGAGAGAUGACAGCCACAGAUAUAUAUAGAGUAUUCUUUGCUUUGGCCUUUUGUGCUGCAUCGGUUGGUCAGUCAUCAGCUUAUCUUCAAGAUUAUGCCAGAGCUAAAAAUGCAACAAUUCUUAUUUUUCAACUUAUUUGGAAAAAAUCAGAAAUAGAUCCUUUAUCAAUUUCUGGAUCAAAACCUGAAAUAAAAGGAAAAGUGCAUUUCAAAGAUGUAAGGUUCAAAUAUCCAUCUCGACCUAAUGCACGUGUUCUACGAGGUCUCAGUUUUACAGUUGAGCCAGGAAAAACAUUAGCAAUAGUUGGCGAAUCUGGAUGUGGUAAAAGCACUGUUGUAUCUUUGCUUGAACGUUUCUAUGACCCAUCUAAAGGAGUAAUUGAAGUAGACGAUCAUGAUAUACGUGCGAUGAAUUUAUGUCAUUUAAGGAAAAAUAUUGGAAUCGUUACUCAAGAGCCAAUACUGUUUAACUGUUCCAUAAAAGAUAACAUAUUAUAUGGCGUAGGUGAUAGAGAAGUCACCAUGGAUGAAAUUAUUGAUGUUGCUAAAAAAGCAAAUAUUCAUAAUUUUAUAACAUCAACUCUUGCUCAAAGGUAUGAUACGCUGGCUGGAGAUCGCGGUAGUCAACUAUCUGGUGGACAAAAACAACGAAUAGCUAUUGCACGUGCAUUAAUAAGAAAUCCCAAAAUCCUCUUAUUAGAUGAAGCUACAUCAGCUUUAGACACUGAAAGUGAAACAGUUGUGCAAGAAGCAUUGGAUGCAGCUCGUAAAGGUCGUACAUGCAUUGUCAUUGCCCAUCGACUUUCUACAAUACAGUCAGCUGAUUCUAUAGCUGUAGUUCAUAAUGGUAAAAUUGUUGAACAAGGUAAUCACGAAGAACUGAAGUCCUUAAAAGGAUAUUAUUAUGAAUUAAUCAAACGUCAAGAAGAAUCAUCUGAAUAACCUUUGCCCCAAGCAUAAUUUAUAAAAAAUUAAACAAAUAAAUUAAGAUGAUCUGGUAAUUAUAUAGUUGAAUUAUUUUGUUCAAGUUGAUUUAAUCGUGGUAAAUGAAGAAUUUAUUUUACUCUGUUUUAUAAAUUGUAAUUUUUAAUGCAUAAAAA